CGCUCCGCGCCCCGCCCGAGACCCCCGUGCCGCGAGCCGUCGAGUGAAGUGCGCCGGGCUGCGCCGGGCGAGGUGCCGCGAACUGAGGCCCCGUCGUGAUACCGCCCGCCACGUAUCAGUGACACGGUGCGGACUGCGCCACUGUGCGCUACAGCGGUGGACUUCCCUCCGACAGCGCCCCGCACUCCGCGAGGAUUACUGCAGCCACCAAAGUGCGUCAAGCAGUGUGCGAACAAAGUGCCGCGUCAACAACCACAACCACAACAACAACAAGUGCUUCUAGUGAUAUAGUGAAAAGUGUGACGGUUGUGAAGCCUGCGAGUUGAAUCUUUGAACGGUGACGGUGUAGACGGCGGCGCGGGGGAUGGCGCGGUGAGACGAUGCAGCAGCACUACCCCGCGUCCGAGUCUCCGUCCCUCGGGUCCCUCGGGUCCCUCGCCCCGGGCCUGGGCCUGGGCCCCGGCGCCAGCGGAGUUCCGGGCGCCGCGAACGCCGCGACCACUGCCGCCGCGGGCGCGGGGGCGCAGGACUGCUGCUUCUCGGACUGGCUGCCCAACUUCACGUCGCCCAUGAAAGAAAUGGAAGCCUGCCUCCUGACCGCCGGCAAGACCACCCCCGCCGUGCCCGUGGUGCCUGCCGCCGUGUCCGCGGCCGCGGCGCUGCGCUCCAGCCCGGACUCCCCCGGGGACGAGGCGGCGCGGCCGGGCAGGGCGUCGCGCGGCCGCUGCAGCGGGUCGUCGCCGUCCUCCGCGCCCGCCGCCGCCACCGCCGCCACCGCCGCCGUCGACCAGCUCGCCAACGCGGACAUGAUGUCCACGGCGUCCUCCGGCGACCUGGACGACUCCGGCGAGCACAGCGAUGACAGCGCGGGCGGCGCGGCCAGGACGCCCAGCCAGCCGCAGGCCACGCUGCCGCUGCACCCGGACCUGUGCGACACCGGCGCCGUGCUGGAGAUGAAGCAGCUGUGGGACGAGUUCAACGAGCUGGGCACGGAGAUGAUCGUCACGAAGGCGGGCAGGCGGAUGUUCCCCACGUUCCAGGCGAGGCUGUUCGGCCUGGCCCCCGACGCCAUGUACAUGCUCAUGAUGGACUUCGUCCCCGUGGACGACAAGCGCUACCGAUACGCAUUCCACAGCUCGUCGUGGGUGGUGGCCGGCAAGGCCGACCCCGUGUCGCCGCCCCGCGUGCACAUCCACCCCGACUCCCCCGCCACCGGCGCGCAGUGGAUGAAGCAGGUCAUCUCCUUCGACAAGCUCAAGCUGACCAACAACCAGCUGGACGACAACGGCCACAUCAUCCUGAACUCGAUGCACCGGUACCAGCCCCGCUUCCACGUCCUGAACGUUCCCGUGUCCGAGGCCGGCGGCGGCGCCAGGCCGGGGCAGAUGGCGCACCCUUUCAACGCGCAGCAGGGGCAGCGCACACAGAACUUCAAGGUGUUCAUCUUCCCCGAGACGAGGUUCACCGCCGUCACCGCGUACCAGAACCACCGGAUAACUCAGCUAAAAAUUGCGAGCAACCCUUUCGCGAAAGGGUUCCGAGACUGCGACACGGAGGACUGCGGCGCCGAGGUCAUGUCCCAGCUGCAGAUGGGGGCCCCGCGGGGAGGCCCCGUGCCGCCACCUGCGCCGACGCGGCCACCCGGAAGGCCACCGUCGAGCAGCGACGCCGUCAACAACAACAACAACCCCGCGGCCACCAACAACAACUGCCUGCAGUACCAGAGCAAGGAGGGCAAAGACGCGGACGCCCACAGCCCGGCAGCGCUGGCGGACGGCCGGUCCUCGGCCAACCCGUCGCGGCUCAGCGCGGCGCAGGCCUCGCCCACUGCCAACCCCGUCGGCGGAUCCUCGCCAGCCCCCGUCGGCCAGCCCUACCUGGCGGACGUGUGCAGCUACGGCCCCAUCUACCACCACCACCACAGUUCGUCGGCCGUGUCCUCGCCGUACGUCCACCCCGCCGCCGUGCCCACCUCCGCGUCCAGCGCGUACAGCUGCGCGGUGUCCAAGACCUCGCCGCCGGGCUUGUCGUCGGCGGGCUUGUCCACGGCCGGCUUGUCCUCCACGGGGCUGGCGGCCGGGCUGACCGGCCUGGGACUGCGGUCCGCGUCCGCGCCCUACCAGUCGAUGCACCCCGUGCACCCCGUGCACGCGAUGCAGGACGUGCACCAGGACCACGUCGUGUACUCGCCGUACCACCAUCACCACCACCAGGGCUUCUACCCGCCCGCGCCGCACUCCACCCGCCUGCACCAGCACCAGAACCCCUACGACUUCGUGCCGCGGUAGCAAGACUGUGGCGCACUCAUCGGCGAUGCAAAUUCAUUUUACCUCUUUUGCAAUCUGGUGGACGCCAAUCUGGAGGUGUUGUGUGUUGGGUCAAGACGGACUCAUUUUCGGUGUCGUGGACGCUCUUCGUGAUUAAGCUAAAGGAGACUGAUGUGUUCUUUUCUUUUGUAAAGUUUGUUAUUAUUGUAAUUGUUACGGUCCCAAGAAGGAGUACUACUGUAUUUACGCUGUAAAACCAAAGAUGUAUUUUUAUUCUGCUUACUUAAUGUUUUUCUUCGACGUCGUACAAACUGUCAUUUGUAAGUGCCAAAAAAUCAUGUUAUUCUGAGUCAUAAAUGAACGAGUUCUUACUUUAAUUAAAGACAUAUUUGUGUA